UAACGUGUCAGCCCCCGAUGUCGCUUAUUUUGACCAUCUUCGCACUCGUCCUCUUCACCGAGGUCGUCUCGUGGAUUGGCAAGUCGGUUUUGCUGGAGCUGGCAUGGAGCCUCUACCGCAGGAUUUUCAUUAGUGCCGCAUACGUUCGACAGCGGCAGCUCAAAGCAGAGCUCUUGACCACCAAGAAAGAGCUCUUGCAGACGAGCGCUCAAGAUCAAUUCGCGAAAUGGGCGAAGUUGCGCAGAAGUGUGGAUAAAGGGCUCGCAGAGCUGGAGAAACUCAACAAUGAACUCUCUGGCAGCAAGUCGGCCUUCUCGCUCAAAUUCAACAGCCUCGUUUGGAUCCUCACGACCGGUGCUCAGUUUGUAAUCGGCUGGUGGUACAGACGGUCUGCCGUGUUCUUCCUUCCGCCGGGGUGGCUGGGACCGCUCGGGUGGUGGAUGGCGUUCCCGUUCGCUCCGAAAGGUUCUGUCAGCGUCGCCGUGUGGCAGACGGCGUGCCGCCGGGUCAUCAAGGUGGGAGAGCGGACGGUGAAGAACAUGAUCAGUGAGUGCCUGUUCACGGCUCGCCGCACGCAUCUCUUUAUUGAUGAACCGGUGUGCCCGCUCUUUCCGUUCCCUUACCUGCGUUUGCGCCUCGGCUUGCAGAAGUCUCAGAUAUCCCGUCUGAGGCCCAGUAGGGCCUAG